AAUUUAUCACAAAGAUACUCAACUUCCCUGUUCAUCUCUUCUCUACUCUCGUUUUCAUUUCUUUGAUCUUACUCAGAACUCCCAAAACUUCUCCAAUCAAACAAAAAAAGAAAAAAUUCAAAUAAAUGUUCAGUUAACCCUAACCCUAAUUCCCCUAAAAAAUGAGCACUACAAACUCCAUCGUCGCAACCACCUCCAACGGUGGCACCACUACCGCAAACAAUCACCACCACCAGCAACAACAUCAAGAUCCCGCCACCUACUUUCUAAACCUAGCUCGACAGCAAUCUUCAUCAUCCUCAGGCUCUUUUGCCUCGUCAUCAUCUUCGUCAAUGAUGAUGGGAGAUGAGGAUGAGCGAGAAGAAGAGCCAACGGAGCUUAACACGAUAAAUAGUUCGGGAGGGUUUCUUGUGAUAUCAACUGAUAAGCUGAGUGUGAAAUACACAAAUGUGAAUCUACAUGGGCAUGAUGUUGGUGCUGUUCAAGCUAAUAAACCUGCUCCUGUUAAAAGGCUUGUUUAUUAUUUCGAGAUUUAUGUUAGGAAUAGCGGUGCUAAAGGUCAGAUUGCUAUUGGCUUCACUAAUGAGGGUUUCAAAAUGCGGAGGCAGCCUGGGUGGGAAACAAACAGUUGCGGGUAUCAUGGAGAUGAUGGCUGUCUGUAUCGUGGACAAGGAAAGGGAGAAUCUUUUGGCCCAACCUUUACAGCCAAGGAUACAGUUGGUACUGGCAUUAACUAUGCCUCACAGGAAAUAUUUUUUACUAAAAAUGGAGUACUUGUUGGGGCAAUUCACAAGGAUAUAAAAGGUCCCUUAUUUCCCACUGUUGCUGUUCACAGCCUGAAUGAAGAGAUCGAAGUCAACUUUGGGCAAAAAUAUUUUGCUUUUGAUCUUAAGGAAUACGAAGCACAAGAAAGGAUGAAACAACAGAUAGAAAUUGAGAACAUGUCAUUGCCACCAAAUGUGAGUUAUGGACUUGUGCGCUCCUACUUGCUUCAUUAUGGCUAUGAGGAGACUCUUAAUUCAUUUGACUUGGCUAGCCAAAGUACUGUUCCUCCUAUAAAAGUAGUUUCAGAAAAUGGCUUUGAUGAACGGGACAUUAUGUAUGCGUUAAACCAGAGAAGAACUCUUCGACAGCUAAUCAGGAAUGGGGAUAUUGAUGCUGCAAUCAGUAAACUUCAUGAUUGGUAUCCUCAGAUUGUGCAGGAUGAAAGGUCAGCUAUGUGCUUUCUGCUUCACUGUCAGAAGUUUAUUGAAUUUGUUCGGGGUGGAGCUUUAGAGGAAGCUGUCAAGUAUGGAAGGAUCGAAUUGGCGAAGUUCUUUGAGUUGCCUGGGUUUAAUGAUUUGGUUCAGGAUUGUGUUGCUCUGCUGGCAUACGAACAACCACAAGAAUCCUCAGUCGGCUAUCUUCUUGAAGACUCGCAGCGUGAGAUUGUGGCGGACACUGUAAAUGCUAUGAUUUUGUCUACAAAUCCGAAUAUGAGCAAUUUCCAAGGCUGCUUACGCUCGUACCUGGAGAGGUUACUCAGGCAGCUCACUGUUUGUUGUUUGGAGAGAAGGUCCUUAAAUGGUGAUCAAGGUGAAGCUUUCCAUUUGCAUAGAGUUCUUAAUAGCAGUAAGAAAACCAAGUGCUAACCGAUAUGAUCUAGGUAGCUAUGCCUCCCAUCUUCCGCUGUUUAUACCUCUGGUUGACCUGUUGUUGAAUCUGUAUUCACGCGAUCAGAUGUGAAAACUCCCGAUGUAACUUUUGAAAUUUGAUCAUGAACUGUGAAUCUUCAAUUAGACAUAGCCUGGGAUGUUAAAUUCAGGCUUUUCUUGUAUAUAUAUCUUUUUAAAGGUUAUAUUGCGGAAAAGUUUCUCAA